AAGAAAACGAAAAACUUAAGCUCGUCAACACAAAAGUAAACGUUAAUAUCAAGGAGGAGCUUGGUGGCGUGGAACUACUUCCACUUUCGAAGAUUAGCAAACACUUUCCUUCCCAACCAGCCGACGAGCACAUACAUAUAAUCGUACAGCGUCCUGUUGAAACGAAAGAAGUCCAUUGCACCGCAACGUAUGGGCGUAAGUCAAAAAAGUUUCAGUGGACCGUAACCCGCGGACAAAUAACCUUAUCUGCUUUGAAGUCUCGGCUUCGCACAUGUUUCACAUUUCUGGAUGGGACAGAGGACGAACAUAUUGUUAUAAAUCGUGAGUGUGGUGGUAAUGAAAAAGAAAUUAUUUGUUUGGUUGAUGAUGAGGAUUUGGCAAGUGUAAUCUGGACUCAAGGAUUCAAGGUGGAUUUUCCAAUCGUCGUGGACACAUCGCAACAGCCAUUUUCGUCGUGGACAUUUCCCCAAAUCAAGACAUUAUUCGGGUUAACAGCCGAUAGUUAUAUUGAUCUCCCCAGAUUCGAUGGAAAGUUAGCUGACACAGCCAAUUACGAAAAGAUAUUGGAGCAUGUUUUGGAAGAUAUAGCUAUGAAGCAUAAGACCUGCAUUCACGUCACUAGUGCGAACGAAGCAACAAGACGCGAAUUUAUUUCUUCCGUUCUUCACGGCGUUGCCUCUUGUUAUGAUGGUGAAGUGAAAGUAUGUCCAGAAUACGAGUUAUCUGGAAGUCAUGGUAAAGGGCCAGUGGAUUGGGUUAUCAAGAUUGGAGAUACGAUUAUUGUCGUUACCGAGGCUAAAAGGGAGGAUAUUAACCAGGGUGUUGGCCAGAAUGCAAUUCAGUUACAAGCUUCGUCUCAACGUAAUAAAAAGAAACGCACAUACAAUGAGGCUUUACGUGAAGAUGUAAUGUAUGGUAUCGUUUCGACAGGAGUCGACUGGGUCAUAAUUAAGUUAGUCACUACUGGCGAAUGUAAUGACAAUGAUAAUGGGAAUGUUGAGGUAUUAUUGAGUUCGCGAACACCAUUUACUUUUCCUAUUAACGAGAGUGUGUUUGACAAAAGUCUUAUGCUUGAAAAACUCAAGAAUUUGUUUGGGCAAAUUAAGUGGGUAUUUGAUCGCCAGAUAGAAUCGCAGGAAUCAUUGAAGCGGUUAAAAACAGAAAAUAAAUAA